ACAUCUACUAAUAUUUCUGCUGACACAACGAUAUGACAUCGCAUAAAAAAGGAGACAAUUCAUCACAGGAAGUUCUCCUACACUACUGCAAAUGCACGAACAGGCCUCUCUAUAUAAGCUGCACGUACCGCUCUGAAAGUAGAUCAGCGUGUUUUGACUAACACAGGACAUUUUAUAAGAACACAGGUGAAAGAUAAAAGAGCGCAACUAUGUCGUCUGCAUUCAGCAUCCAGUUCCUCACAGUGGCUUGUAUGAUGGGAGUCUUUUUAAUAUCAUUUGGGGCUGAGGGACUACCUGCCAAGACGCAUGCAAAGAAGGGAGCAUCGGAUUCAUUUCGACUGUUCUUAGAUCCAGAGUUCAAACAUUCAUCCGACCUGAUUCGUCCAAUAAAUAAUGACUCCAUAUCUCCAUGGACCUACACGUUCAAGCAUGAUGAGACCCUGUACCCUUCGAACAUCGCCGAGGCGAAAUGUUUGCUGACUGGAUGUUUGAUCAAUGGCGAGGAGGUCCACGAUUACCAAUCCAAACCCAUUAUCAGUCAAAUCCUGGUCCUGAGGAAAAUUCACGGAGACAAGCACAGCUAUUCCUUCAGACUUGAGUACAAAACCAUCUCGGUGGGCUGCACCUGCGUUCGGCCGUAUGUUGAAUAUGUGUGAACUUGAUGGAGUUACAUUUCGUGCCUGUUGAGACGUAUAUUUUGCUAUUGAUGAGUAGUAUAAUAAUAAUAUUAAAAAUAUAUAUAUUUAUUCAUGUCACCAUAAAAGUGUUAUGUAGGCUAUUUAUUUAUUUUCACUGCGUUUUUUGAAUUGCAUGAAAUGUCUGGACGUUGAAAUUAAAAUAUUUUUGUAUUAUGUUAUUUAUUUAAUGGCCCAAACUUGUUUUUAAGGCUGUGGCUGAUACAUUAAAUUAUUUUUAAAAUGCUAAACCUUGGUUUU